CAUAUCUACAUUGAAGCGCGCUUGUAGGAAGCUUGGUAUCCCAAGGUGGCCACCUCACCAUAUAAACACGAUAAACAAGAAUGGUGGGAGUUCUGUUCAAAUAUCCCCAACUACUGGAUCUUUGCCUAGGUCUGAACCCUUAAAAAUGAAGGUGACAUGAUGCAACUGGAUUCAUUGGAUCAACAAUCAAUGGAUGCCACAAAGAAUGGAGGGGAUGUUAUUUGUUCACAGGAAAAAGGCACAAUGAAGAUGCCAUAUAGAGAAGACAAAAAAACUGGUGUUAGAAUUGCAAUGCCUUCAGAGCAUAUCCUACAAACUUCAAAAGAGAGCCUUGAGGGUGCUGCAGAGCACCACGGCGCAAGCCAAUCUGCAUUUAAAUCUGCUGGCAGCCCCUAUGUUAUACAGAGGUGGCCAACUCGCAUGCACAGUAAGGUAAGUCACUCUUGGCCAUGUGUUAAUCAGGAAACAAUUCCCACAAUUGAAUUGUUAUCUGUUGCAAUUAUUGGUUUUUCAGAAUAAUGAGAAACUCGAUUCUAUUCAAGUAUUCCAGAUUACAAGAUCCCUGCCUAGACCUGGACCUUUACAAAAUGGAGAUGAUCAGAUGAUGCAGCUGGAUUCAUCAAAUCAACAAUCAAUGGAUGCCAUAAACAUUACGAAUGUUGUCGGUGCAGAACAAAGCAACAUUGCUGUUACUUGUUCACAGGGAAAAAAAAAGCAAUAAAGAGGUCAGAAAGAGAGCACAAAAAAACUGGAGUUAAAAUUGCAAUUCCUAUUGAGGAUAUCCUACAAGCUUCGGAAAUGAGCCUCAAUGAUG